CCGCUUUCCUGCAAUGACAAUGGACGGUGACGGCGAAAUUGUGCGGAUAAGGCUGCGGGCCAAGUCCCGACCGGAUGUUUCGGGGACGGCUGUUGGCUUGGUGGAGGUAGGCGAAGACCGAUGUCUGACAAGUGGGGCCGAGAUAACCCAGAAGGGGCGGGGAGAAGUUGUCGUCUAACACUACAUCAUGGUACUCCCACAGUCUGAGAAGAGCGCAUACGACGUCGUCGUGCUCGGUGCUGGCGUCCUUGGCCUGGCCACAGCCGACGCUUUGUCCGCAACGGGUCUCCGUGUCGCCAUCCUUGCCCGCGACCUUCCUGAGGACGUCGACUCGGCGGCCUUUGCUUCGCCAUGGGCCGGCGCCAACUGGUCCUCAUUCGGCGCAAACGAGAAGGAGCGGAAGCGCGACACGCACACAUUCGAGGUAUUUGGCCGCCUCGCAAAGACGCACCCCGAGAUCGUCACCCGCCGUCAGUUCAAGUACAUCUGGAACAAGGACAAGGGAUACUCGAGCCCGUGGUACAAGGACGUUGUGUUCAACUUCCGCCGCCUCGAGCGCAGCGAAGUGCCCGGCCCGUACUCCGAGGGCGUGUCGUUCGAGUCCUACACCCUCAACCCGCACCGGUACAACGCGCUCCUCGCGUCGCGGCUGCGCGAGCGUGGCGUGCCCAUUGUGCGCAAGCGCGUGUCCUCGCUUGAUGAGGCGUUCGCGCACUUCGGCCCCGUCGACCUUGUCGUCAACGCGACCGGGCUCGGCGCAAAAAGCCUCUUGGGCGUGGAAGACCCCGCCGUCUUCCCCGACCGCGGCCAGACGGCGCUCGUGCGCGCGCCCAACGUGGACAUCUGCUUCGGCGUGCGCGACGCCGACAUGCCCGCCGGCAAGGCUGUGUACAUCAUUCCGAGGCCGGGCAGCGGCGGGUGCGUCAUUGUUGGCGGCACCAACAUCAAGGGCGAGUACAGCACGCUGCCGAACCGUGACACGGCUGAGCAGGUCCUCAAGGCCGCGUUCGAGAUCUGCCCCGAGCUCGCCAACGGGGGAAAGAGCUGGAAGGACAUUGACGUCGUUAGCCACAACGUCGGUCUGCGGCCUGCGCGCGAGGGCGGUCUUCGUCUCGAGAUCGAGGAGCGCACUCUCGGCACCGAUGUGCUCACUCCCGAGGGUGGCAAAAGCAAGGCGCGCCGCGUUGCCGUCCUUCACUGCUACGGCAUUGGCCCCGCUGGAUACCAGGCUAAUCUCGGUAUUGCAGAGGAGGCCAAGGAGAUUGCGCUCCGUCAUCUCAGCACGCAGCGCUCGCGUCUCUAGGUACUUUGAGCAUCGGAGGUAGAGCAUGAAUUGCAUAGGGUGCUACAGCG